AUGUCCGAUUCACCACGCAGCAUACUAGCCCGUUUGGAGCAACUGAAACAAUGGCAGGAAGAGCAGCAGCGGGCUUUGCUGCAAAAACAGAUCGCCCAGCGGGAACUACUCAGCCAGGAACAGCAAAAGAUGUACGCUAUUUUGGGCCUAGGUGGAAAGCAAAGUCAUCCGGUGGAAAGCGACGGAGAGCGUGAGUAUGAGUUGACCAACAUGCAGCAGCAGUUGGUGGCCGAGCAGGAAGAACACGCUUACGGCUCACAGUCCGAAGAAGACAGUGAAGACGAGCCCAAGCCCAAGCCCAAUAACGAUGAGAGCAAACCUAAGGUACCGCCGAAGCCAUUCCUCAAACGGGGCGAAGGACUGAAAGCUAGGUUUAAAGUUGAUCCUAAUGUUUUUAAAUUAGAUAACCUUCCAAAGUACAAAUAUGCUAAUCUUGCUAAGUCUAGAGCUCGAAAAAGUAAGCAGCAAACGCGACCGGAGUUGGAAAAGGAUAAAGUUUUCAAUAGGAGUAGGACCGAAAGGCCUCAAACGACGGGGAAUGAACCUCUGACACUGGAUAUUAAUCGUGUGCAGGAAAAAAAGUUGUUAAAGCCACCAUCCGUUUCUGAUUCGAAAGUUGUUACUGACCCGGCAAACUUGGUUCGCUCGGAGAGCGAGGAAAGUUUGUUGCCCAGUAUAGAAUCUCUUAAAAAAAGGCUCAGCGUGGGGUCGGUGGAAGAAGUUGUACCAACUUUGGAGACGCCGGUUCAACCGGAUCUGCCGUGGAAACAGCAGCUAAAAGAGGAUGCUGCUGUUCUGCGACAGCUGAAGGAGUUGAAAGAUCUCGAUUUGUUUGAGCUGCUAGAGCACCAGCUAGCUUCGGGGAAUGGCAGUAUUGCUUCCAAUGCCAGCACGCUGCUUCGUAUGCUGAUGGAAAACAGCAUCGAUGUUACGGAUUUGCUGGGAGGAUUAACGGCGGAUUCGACGUUGAUUCCGGACAAUCAUGAGCCGUUGAUUGAACCGGUAGAGGACGCGUCUUGCCUUGAAAUACAUCCCGUUCCGGAUCCCAAAAGGCAUGUUCUGAAGGAGACAGUCACAAGUGACUUUGAUAGCAGUUCUACUGAUUCAGAUGACGAGGAAACUGGGCAGCAUGUGCGUUUCGCUGAGCAAGAGGAGCCUGAGAUUGAAACGGACGUGGAAUCCCAGCUGGAGGCGGUUAAUUAUAGUCGGAUGUCUACGCCAAAGGACGAUAGAGGUGGUAGGAAAUCCGUCGAACAAAUGGAUGAUUCCACAAAGUCGAAAACUGUGGAAGAUACCGAGCAAGUUCGUAUUCGGGAGGAUAUUUUAGCUAAAAGCGAACUGCUCAAGCAACGAUUGGCCGAACUGGAUGGAGAGAUCGAAAGCUUUCGGAAAGAGAAUGCCCAGCUAAUGCAAAUGAAGCAAGAGCACGAACUUGAGAAAAACAAGCUGGAACUGGAUCGGGAAGAGAUGAUGGAGAAGCUAAAUGACGAACGAAUUAAGAUGGAAGUUUAUUUCCACGAUGAGCGUGUUAAAAUUGAGGAUGAACGUCAGAAAGCUUUGAAGGAAGCGAUGAGACCGACGAAAAAAGAAAAGGAAGAGAUUUUAAGACUGAAGGAACAGGUCGCUGAUCUGCAGAAGGAAGCUAAAGCUAAGGAAGCCAAACACGCUUCUUCGCUGGCUCGUUUUCGUUCGCAAAUCAAGAACUUGGAAAAGGACCUAAAGGAAACCCAGCUGGAACUGGACGUUAUGAAGAAGGACAACAAAAAGCUGGAAACUGAAAAUGCGCGCCUAAAGCGGCAGAACAACAAUCGAAUGCUGUUGGAAAUUAACAAGAAUAUCGCUAAGCUAGCCGCUCCACAGUCCUCUGUGGUCGACAGUGGGACGGCUGAAUCGCGCAGAAACUCAUCGCCGGACAAGCACCGAAAGCAGAUCCUCUCGGCCCGGAUGAAGCCCAUUGAGGUAAUUGAUAAAAAAGUAGCUGGCAAAGUUGCCAAAGCCAAGGUCAUCAGCCAUGCACGGAAUAGCACUGAAAGUCGCCGAUCAAUACCUGCUGUGGAUACUUCUAGUAGCAGCAGCAGUAGUGAGGAAGAGGUUGAGGUGGAGACCGCCGAACAGAAAGAAUCAUCGACAACGACUGACGACCAGGACGACUCCGAUUCGAAACCGGCCGACGGUUCAAAGUCUUCCUACUUUCACAGUAAAGCAAAAAAGAAUCUUUUUCAAGGUGGUUCUGCUGCUGUAAAGGGAGAUAGCUCGAAAGUCACCCCGACAGCUGCGGCAGCAGCCGAUUCCAACCCGGAAACGAUAGAACUGAUGAAAAGUCUAAAACGAGAAAUCGUUAACGAUGACGGCAGUCGGGACAUUUGGUAUCCGAAUGGAAAUCUGAAGAAAAUAUCGCCCGAUGGGCUGGUCAUCCGAAUGAUGUACUUUAACAAGGACAUCAAGGAGACCAACAUGAACGAGGGCACGACCAAGUACUACUAUCACGAAACAAACACCUGGCACACGACCUACCUGGACGGACUGGAAAUACUGGAGUUUCCCGACGGCCAAACCGAACACCGUUUCAAGGACGGCUCGACGGAAGUCCAUUUCCCGAACGGGUCGAUCCGCACCACCAACCCGAACAGUGUCGACAUUGCGGAAGAGUGGAAAUACGCUGACGGUUCGACGGUGAUCAUCAAGCGAAACGACGACAAAGUGAUUACCCUACCGAACGGUCAGGUGGAGAUUCACACUAAAGCGCACAAACGACGUAUCUAUCCGGAUGGGACGACUAAGUUUCUCUACCCGGACGGAAGCCAGGAGAGCCGCUAUUCGAAUGGACGCGUGCGACUAAAGGAUAAAGAUGGAAAUCUCAUUUCCGACACCGGUGGGACCUGAGCUAAGCAUGUAAGUAUUGGCAUUCUGGCGAAUUGCAAUAAAUGACCCAAUU